AUGACCGAUCAGACAUACGAUUAUAUAAGUUCAGAUAAUAGUGAAGUUAUAGCUUUACAAGAUAUUGCAAAUAUUUCUGAAGAAGAAUAUUCUAAUCAAAUAGAAUCAUCAUCAGUACAAGAAAAAAAAAAAUAUGCUGGGGGAAAAAAAGAUGAUAAAUACAUUACAAGUUGGUUAAGAGGACGUUCAUAUGAAAUGAAAGCUCAUUUAGCUAGAAAUUGUGAUAAUGCAUCUGAUAAUAUAAAAAUAAAUG